CACUAGCGCUGCCAUACAUGUGUGGGUACGAAUGUACGAUUAUAUUUUUUAAAUUAUUACGAAUCGUCAAUUAUCCCUGACUUAAUAACAAACCACAACCACUAUAAAAUUGCAAUAAUUGAAUCGGAAUCGCUUCUUAAUAAUUCUGUGUCAAAACCCAAUUGAAUUGACUGCCGAAUUGUGAUCACAAAUUCGUCGGUGGCUUGGAUUUUGGAGGGACUCAGAUGUAAGAUGGCGAUGACUCUCGCGAGUGUAUUCAUGGGACGUUGCUGAUCCGCGUCGUGUUGUCACCGUUGACUAAUACUUCGCACCGGUUGACGGUUGUAAGUCGUGAUAUUAACGCAUUAUUGUUGAAAGAAACGACAGUGAUUUUCGGUCACAAAAAUGUCUAAGACAGAAGAGACUGCCGAUACGGUAGACGCCGGGGAGAAUUCAAAUGAUUCCUCGGCUGAGACAACAUCUUCGAGAGGUGGUGAUUUCGAAACGAAACUCGAGACCGAUAGAAGCAAGAGGUUUGAUUACCUUCUAAAACAAACUGAGAUAUUUUCUCACUUCAUGACGAAUAAUCAGAAAGAUAAAGCCGCUAGCCCACUCAAAGUUAAAGCAGGAAGACCUCGUAAGCAGCCAGUUGAAGUUCCUGUUAAGGGUGACACUUCGGCUGAUCUUAGACACCGUAAAACCGAACAGGAAGAAGAUGAGGAGCUUCUGGCUGAAAGUAAUGUUAGCGUAGCUCCAACAACCCGGUUUGAAUCUUCCCCACAUUAUAUUAAGUCCGGAGAACUCAGAGACUAUCAAAUACGUGGUCUCAAUUGGAUGAUUUCACUAUAUGAGAAUGGAAUCAAUGGUAUACUUGCUGAUGAGAUGGGUUUGGGGAAGACAUUGCAGACUAUUUCUUUGCUGGGGUACAUGAAACACUUUCGGAGCAUCCCAGGACCCCACAUUGUGAUUGUUCCAAAAUCAACCUUAGCCAAUUGGAUGAAUGAGUUUAAAAAAUGGUGCCCUUCGCUCAGAGCAGUGUGUCUUAUCGGAGACGCAGAGACAAGAAACACAUUUAUCAGAGAUGUGAUGAUGCCUGGGGAAUGGGAUGUAUGCGUUACUUCCUAUGAAAUGGUCAUCAAAGAAAAAUCAGUAUUCAAAAAGUUCAAUUGGAGAUACAUGGUUAUAGAUGAGGCUCAUCGAAUCAAGAAUGAAAAAUCAAAGUUGUCAGAAAUAUUGCGUGAGUUCAAGACUGCGAACAGACUUUUAUUGACUGGAACACCGCUACAAAAUAAUCUUCAUGAACUUUGGUCACUCUUGAACUUCUUACUUCCGGACGUGUUCAAUAGCUCAGAUGACUUCGACUCUUGGUUCAAUACAAACAGCUUCCUUGGCGAUAAUUCGUUAGUCGAAAGACUGCACGCAGUAUUGAGACCAUUUCUUCUUAGACGUCUCAAGGCUGAGGUGGAAAAGGGACUCAAGCCAAAGAAGGAAAUCAAAGUUUACAUUGGAUUGAGUAAGAUGCAAAGAGAAUGGUAUACUAAGGUACUGAUGAAGGACAUAGACAUUGUGAAUGGAGCUGGAAAAAUCGAAAAAAUGAGGCUACAAAAUAUUUUGAUGCAGCUGCGAAAGUGCUGUAAUCAUCCCUAUCUAUUCGACGGAGCUGAGCCAGGUCCACCAUACACAACUGAUGAACAUUUGGUUUACAAUUGCGGUAAGAUGGUCAUCCUUGACAAACUUCUGCCCAAGUUACAGCAGCAAGAGUCUAGAAUCCUGAUAUUCAGUCAAAUGACAAGAAUGCUUGACAUUUUGGAGGACUACUGUCAUUGGAGAAAUUUCCAAUACUGUCGAUUGGAUGGUAACACGGCACAUGAAGAUCGACAGCGUCAAAUAAACGAGUACAACGCACCAGGGAGUGAAAAAUUCAUUUUCAUGUUGUCCACCAGAGCUGGAGGUCUCGGUAUAAAUUUAGCUACUGCUGAUGUUGUGAUCAUCUAUGAUUCCGAUUGGAAUCCUCAGAUGGAUCUGCAGGCUAUGGAUCGAGCGCAUCGUAUCGGACAGCAAAAACAAGUGCGAGUAUUCAGAUUCAUAACCGAGAAUACAGUGGAAGAGAAGAUUGUGGAACGAGCUGAAGUCAAGUUACGUUUAGACAAACUUGUUAUUCAACAGGGAAGAUUAGUCGAUGCGAAACAAACUGCUUUGAACAAGGAUGAGAUGCUGAACAUGAUCAGGCAUGGGGCUAACGAAGUAUUCGCUUCCAAGGAUAGCGCUAUAACGGAUGAAGAUAUAGAUACUAUUCUCCAGAAAGGAGAAGCAAAAACAGCAGAAAUGAAAGAGAAGUUAGAAACUUUGGGUGAGUCUUCUUUGAGAAAUUUCACUGUCGAUGCUCCGACGGAUUCGGUCUAUCAAUUCGAAGGAGAGGACUACAGAGAGAAACAGAAAAUAUUGGGAAUAGGAAACUGGAUUGAACCCCCAAAGCGUGAGAGAAAAGCAAACUAUGCGGUUGAUGCUUACUUCAGAGAAGCACUGAGAGUUUCAGAACCAAAGGCUCCAAAAGCGCCAAGACCACCAAAGCAACCGAUUGUACAAGACUUUCAGUUUUUCCCGCCGAGAUUAUUCGAGCUACUCGAUCAGGAGAUCUACUAUUUCAGACAGACUGUUGGAUAUAAAGUUCCAAAAAAUCCUGAACUCGGCUCUGAUGCGGGAAGGAUUCAGAAAGAAGAGCAAAGGAAGAUCGACGAUGCACAGCCACUCACCGACGAGGAGUUGGCUGAAAAAGAAAAACUGCUUACUCAGGGUUUCACGAAUUGGACAAAAAGGGAUUUUAAUCAAUUCAUCAAAGCAAAUGAAAAGUAUGGAAGGGAUGACAUCGAGAACAUUGCUAAGGAUGUGGAAGGCAAAUCGCCGGAAGAAGUGAUGGAGUAUUCCGCAGUAUUUUGGGAACGUUGUCACGAACUUCAAGACAUAGACAGAGUGAUGGCGCAGAUUGAAAGGGGAGAAGCAAAAAUCCAGAGACGUGCCGGUAUCAAAAAGGCUCUUGAUGCCAAAAUGGCGAGAUAUAGAGCACCUUUCCAUCAGCUGAGAAUAGCCUACGGAACGAACAAGGGAAAAAAUUAUACAGAAGAGGAGGAUAGAUUCUUAGUAUGCAUGUUGCAUAAGCUUGGUUUUGAUAAAGAAAAUGUCUACGAAGAAUUGAGGGCAACUGUGAGGUCCGCGCCUCAGUUUCGCUUCGAUUGGUUUGUCAAGUCAAGAACAGCUUUGGAGUUGCAAAGAAGAUGUAACACAUUGAUAACAUUGAUAGAACGUGAGAAUCUGGAGCUAGAAGAAAGAGAGAGACAAGAAAGACGGAAGAAGGGUGGAAGUAUUGGAUCGAAACCGGCGUCUAAACGGAAGCAAGAAAAUCUUCCAGCACCGCAAGAUAAGCCUAGAAAGAAGAAGAAGUAAAUCAAUAGAAAAAUGCAAUCAUCAUGCACAAUCCCCGUAAUUAUAAUAUCCAGUGUCACUCUAAACAGUGUCAGAUAAAUUAAAUUUUUUAAAUUGUAAAUGUAAUGCAAUGCUUCGAAACUAAGAUUUAUAGGUUUUUUUUUCUUCCAACUCAAGGUGUUCAUCAGUAUUCAAGGAAUUAUUCAUCCCAUUGUAUCAUCAGCAUAGAGUGACUCGUUUGAAUUGUACAAUUUGAAUAUUCAGUAGCGGAUCAAUGAGCUCGUUGAGAAUGAAAUUUUUCUCAAAAAGAGUGAAUUGAGUAACAAAUACUUAGCUUAUCUUGAAACGAACGAUACUUGUCCCUUAUUUUAUACAUCAAUGUAAUAUUUGGAAUCACUUUAAUCAAUGCGCAGUCUGAUUAGACCGGUUGCUCGUCGAAUGCAUGUAGAAUUCUAUUAUUAAGUAUUUAAGAAAAAAUAAUAAAACCGUUCAUUGUUUGCAUUCACAAUACUUAGGAAUGAAUGUCUCGUAUUUUCCAGCUCACGAAUUUCUGCUAGGAAACUCUCACUCAUUGUUAGAAUUAGACACUGUAUGCUGUGAAAAUGGUCUCGGGAAUGAUAUUUAUAAUUUGUGUUUACUAUCACGUUUAUUGAAUUUGAGAAUCCUCAACGAGGAGCAGAGAAAAAUAAAAAAUAUUAAACGAGA